AUUCUAUUGCCUUGACUUGAAAGAUGCGUUGAGUCCUUCUCAGCCGGGGCCACCAGCAAAGCGCAGUGCAAGAGCAUCUGCGUGGCCUGGUGUAGCCGGACACAGCCAGCGGUGAGGCUCUAUGGCCGACGAUACGGUGGUGGACACGCCAUCUGCCUCUUCGCAGCCAGGCACGGUGGCCGGCGAGCCCAGGGAGGCCCCGAAGGCCCCGAAGGCUCCGAAGGCGUCCAAGGCGUCGGACAGGACCUCCUCGCCAGGGCCCAGUGGAGGCGCGCGGAAGGCCUCGCGGUCCAGGAAGAAGCGCAGUCCACCCAAGGGCGCGCGCUUCCGGGACCGCAAGCGGCGGCCCCGCCAGGCCGGCUCUGAAGGCCCUGUCAGCGACGUGGUGGCCGGUCCCGUGAUUCGGGACAACAAGGCGAUCUACGCCUAUGGCAACUACGACGAGUACUAUGGGAAGCGCCACGACCGCUUCGCCUCCAUAGAUGCUCGGAUAGAGGCGCUGCUGGAGUUCUGCGGCACGGAGCUGUUUGAGGACAAGGUCGUGUUGGACGUGGGCUGCAAUACAGGCACCAUCGGCUUCCAGGUGGCGGCGCUCGGCGCGCGCCGGGUGGAGGCUGUGGAGCUGGAUCGCCAGCUCAUCGCCAAGGCCCUGAGGCACCUGAGGUGGUUGAAGAGCAACGGCCACAAGACGCUGCCGGAGGCAGCCGAGGAAGGCGAGAAGGUCCCGUGGCACCAGCGCCAGUACGCUGUGAGCUGCGUGCAAGGCCGCGGGCAGAUCCCGUACCACGCCAAGCCGUUGAGACGAGGAGCGCUAAGGGAGGCCAUGGCGAAGGCGAAGAAGAUCGAGAAGGCGCUGCCUUCCGUUCCGCGGCCCAGGCCGGACUUCCCGUACAACCUGGAAUUCCGGGCGGAGAACUUCUUCAUCUCCCAGGCGGAGCUGAAAAGGAAGACCUCCUACGACGUGGUGCUCCUGCUCAAGGUCACUCAGUGGAUCCACGUCUACUACGGGGAUGCGGGCAUUCAGGAGCUCUUCGCCAAGGUCCACCGGCUGCUGCGCCUGGGGGGCUUGCUUGUUCUGGAGGCACAGCAGUGGCAGAAGUACUUGGAGAAGAAGCACAUCCCGCCCUCGCGGCGCAGCUUCACCAACAGCCUGGGGCUUCGGCCCGAGCGCUUCCCCGAGCUCCUGGGCCAGCAGGGCUUCGAGCGCCAGACCACCGUGGCGUCACGGAAGCUGAAGAACACCAUCUUUGUCUUCCGAAAGGUGGCCACGCCUCAGGCGGAGCGCCCGCCGCUGAUGGAUCAGGUCUUCGCCGAGCAGCAGUUCCUCAUGCCGCGGCCGCCCAAGAAAGCCAAGGUGGUCCCCCCCAGGUUCGCGACAGAUGGCGUCCCCAAGGCGCCGCAAGAUCUGGAGGCAGUGUCGACCCAGUCGGUUCCGGCGCCGCUGGUGCCUGCGCUUGCGGCAGAAGUGCAGGAUGUGCAGAAGGUGCAGGCGGCCGACACUGCAACGCCGGAGACAGAGACAGUGGAGACAGAGACGCCACCGGCCAAGCGGCCACGAGGCGAGUGAGUCGCCGCGCUGCUCGUGGCGCGCUGAGAAAAGGAUGGACCGGUUGGUGAGGAUCGCCUCCGUAUGCGCAGGUGCUUGAAAAUUGGCCAUGAGCAGGUGGUGCUUGGUUCUUUCUUCGGGAAGGUUGGGAUCGCCCGACGCCUGGCCGACGCAUGCGACGAUGGGUCGUGCCCGUGCCCCGAUUUCGAAGACAGCUUGGCGACGUAGCUGC